UCAGGAAUUUCCCUCCUACCACUCCUGAGAGCGCAAGAGAGGACAAAAGUUAUAAGCGCUUGUCCUCAGAGAGGAAAACGCGAAAGGCAGCUAAUUCGCCUUCAUUUUUUGCAAGACUAUCAACACAUGUACACGUUUCGACGCGCGUUGAGGACAUUACGUUGGGGGAAAAAAAGUUUUAAUUUCAUUAUGACUCUGGACCCACGAGCUUUGGCGUGAUUGCCUAUUUCAGAAACGUUGAUGGAAUAAACGGCGCACAGCAGGAGAACAGCGUUUGUCAAGAAUAGCCUAACUGUGAUUUGCAAGUUUUGGUUUUAUGACUUUUUUUUUUAUUUUUAUUUUUUUCAGCUGUUCUGUUGGGAUCACUGUCGCUGGUCACUUUUUUUGCUGCUGAGUUUCUCGAUGGCGUAGGUGGCUGCGAGAGUUUUAAAAGCACCUUUUUGGACAAGGAUUUGAUAUCUACCAAGCAGAUACCUAUGGAUUAUAUGCGUUAAACAAAUCGGAGCGGUUUAACAAAAAAAGUGAAAAACUGUCAUAAUCCUAUUUCGGAGAAGGGAAAUGCGGUGUGAAAACGGCGUCUAGAAGGAUGCUGCUGCUUGUACAAUGGAAGUGAAGAACUCUUUUGCUGUUGUUGCGGUGGUUUGUCUCUUCUUUUGCUCCAGUUUCAGCCAAGAACUCAACCCAAAAGGCAGGAAUGUAUGCAAAGCACCUGGAUCAUCAGGAUUUGUGUGCUGCAGUGGAUGGGGGCAGCUAGGGGAUGAAUGCCUGACACCUCUCUGCGAAGGCAACUUCACCUGCAACGAAAAUGAGGUGUGUGUCAGGCCGAAUGAAUGUCGCUGUCGUCAUGGAUACUUUGGAGCUAGCUGUGACACUAAGUGCCCUGCCCAGUUCUGGGGCCCUGACUGCAAAGGGAAAUGUAAUUGUUACCCCAACGGCCAGUGUGAUGACUUGACCGGGGAGUGUACCUGCAACCACAAUCGUUGGGGACCUAACUGCGAGAAUGCUUGCUUAUGCCAAAAGGGCAAGUGUGACCAAGAGACGGGCAAAUGCACAUGCCACCCUGGCGUCUGGGGUCCCCAGUGCAACAACAACUGCUACUGCAGCAUCAACUCUAUCUGUGACGCAAUGACAGGGCGAUGCAUGUGCAACCCUGGUUGGAUGGGGAGGAACUGUGCAAUCCAGUGUAACUGUAACAAUUCCCCAUGCGAACAGUUCACUGGACGCUGCCUGUGCCGGGAGAGGCUGUGGGGCCCACGGUGUGACCGUUACUGCCAGUGCAUCCACGGCAAGUGCAAUCAGGCGGACGGCUCAUGUACCUGCACACCAGGGUACCGUGGGAAGUUUUGCCGGGAACCAUGUCCUGCCGGGUUCUAUGGUCAAAACUGCAGAAACAGGUGUGGGCACUGCAAGGGCCAGCAGCCCUGUAAGGUGACAGAGGGACGCUGCAUCACCUGUGACAGAGGUUGGAAUGGAACACGGUGUGACCAGCUCUGCUCCAAAGGCUUCUUUGGCGAAAAUUGCCAGGACGUGUGUCCCACCUGUAAAGAUGGCCACCACUGCGACCCCAUUCAUGGCAAAUGCUCUCACUGUAACCCUGGCUGGAUUGGGGACAGGUGCGAGGUGCGCUGCCCCAACGGCACAUAUGGCGAGAACUGUGAGAACAACUGCAGUCACUGUUUUAAUGGCAUUUGUCAUGUCGUCACCGGAGAGUGCUUAUGUGACCCGGGAUUUUAUGGCACCUACUGCAAUAUGACCUGUACACCUGGCCAGUACGGAGUGAACUGCAACCAAACCUGCUCUUGCAAUGACAAGAACUGUGAUCCUGUGUCUGGUGCCUGCUAUCUCCAGCCCAACCAGCGGAUGGGUGUGAUCGCGGCUGGAACCCUGGUCUCCUUUUUACUGAUUGUCCUGCUCUCGCUGCUGUGCUGCUGCUGCCUGUGUCGACACAAAGACGACCACAACAAAAAAGCCAAGCGGAUCCUGUGCGGACGAUUCAGCCGAAUCAGCACUAAACUUCCCCGUAUUCCACUGAGGCGACAGAAACUGCCCAAAGUAGUCGUAGCCCACCACGACCCAGAGAACACCUUCAACUGCAGCUUCAUCGAGCCCCCCUCAGUGGCCGAGCAGCCCUCCCCCUCCUCCUGGUCGUCCCAGGAGUCUUUCUCUUCCUUUGAGAGCGGAGACGAGGGGCCAGUUUACUGUGUGCCCCAUGAAGAAUCCGUGAACGAAAGCAAAGAGAAGCGCAGCCCCAGCCCAGCAACAGAGAAGCCAGAAGCUGUCCCGAAUGAGGAUGAUGCAGGGGAGUACACCUCCCUGAAAGACACCAGUGUCACAAAACCAGAAGGCAGCGAGCAGCCCCUGCUCAAGUCCUCUGACAGUGAAGGCUCCACCAGUGGCUCUGAGUCCACUACAGCAAACCUCUAUGCUCGCAUCGCCCGCCUCUCCAAGCAGUCCAAGGAGGAUGAUGGCAGCGGCAAGGAUGGGGAUGGCACUCCUACACCAGAGGCUAAACGCAAUGGAAAGCCACCACCUUCACCUGGCAAGCCCAAACCACGGCCACCAGACCCAUCUACUAAGCCCAAAGUAUCGUGGAUACACGGAAAUACUACAGGGUCUCCGCAGCCAGAGCAACAGGGGCAUGGGGGUAUUAAGGCACUUGCAGUGCCAAAGGAGAAAAAUAGGAGCUCCAGCGAUGGCUCAGCUAAGAGCGAGGAGCGGCAGAAAAUGAAGGAGAGGAGCCGUGAGCAACAAAAGAAACAAGAGGGGAAGGAGGCAGACGCCAAUGGCUCCCCCAGCAAACACAAACCUCUGCGAGGUAAGAAGUCUGGGGACGAGCACAGCAGUCCCAGUCACAUGGAGCACAUCAAUGGUGUGGUUCAGAAUGCCCUCAAGAAGAUAAGUAGCUUCCACAGCUCCUCAUCUGAGAAAAAGAGUGCUGACAGUCCAAAGGAGACCCCCAAGGAGCCACCUAAGAGCCCCAAAGUCAUCCACCAUCAUAUGAACUCUGAGGCUGCCACUCUCCUGGCUGCUCAGCUCAAGGAGAAAACCCAAAGCAUCAACAGGAAUGAGGGGACAGGUCUGACAAAGACCAAUGGUCUCUCCACACCCAAGGGGAACCGUGAGAAGCCAACACCUCCACAAAAAGCCAAGAGGACCCCCUCCAGUGGAUUUAGCCAGCAGGGCUCCACCAAGCCCCUGCUGCCCACCUCGAGCAGCCUCCAGAAGAUGGUGGCACCCAUCGCCCCAGAUCUUGGGACCCCUGAAGCCAAGAGCCCGGAGAAGCAGGACUUGAACGGCUCAAGGCCAGGGGACCCAAUGUUGGAUCCUACACCAAAGAAGACUCCCAUAAAAAAGCCACCAAGGAAGAAAGGCAAGGAGGGUACGUUGGAUACAUCGGAAAGUAAAACACCUCAGCAAAAGACAGCCAUUAUGCCACCACAAGUAGUGAAAUAAGUGAUUUUAAAGACAAAUGACCAGUGUUUGUGAUGGAUUUCAAAGAGACUAAAAUGGAUUUGUUGGUGAAUCACAUAAAUCAAGGAAUUUAAACAGAUUCGGUGGGAGUGUGCUGCAACUCCAGGACCAGUCAAGAGUGAGAAAUGCAUUUAAAUUGAGGGCGCAGUUGAGUCAUAUAGGUGAGUUUCUAUUAUAAUGACGUCUAUACACCAUUGUAUUUCAUUUCAAGAAUCCUUUUUUGUGUAAUGACUAUGUCUCAAUCUCACACCACAACCUGUGGCGAAGCUGGACACAACUGUGAGAACAGCGGUGCACAGACAUCAUAGUUCAUUCAUCUCUAUUCCUCUGCAGUAUGUCCACCACUAUAUUUAUAUAUGGAUUGCUUUUGAGGUUGCAUAACUGUAAUUUGCUAUGCAGGUGUCGGAAAGAUAGCUAUUUUUUAUGUACGCUCUCCAAAGGUACUAAAGGUUCUAAAAAAUAACAAGGAAAUUAGAUCCUCUGAGGAUUGCAAAUUAUUUUGUUUGUGUUUCUUUUGUUCAUGGACCAACAUGCAUAAAUACAGUUCAAUACCUGAAGCCACCCACUUCAUUUUGUAUGUCCGGGCACACUUUUACAAUUUCAGUGUGUUUUGUUGGAGCACCUUUUUUAAGUUCCUACUAGAGCAGGUCAAGGUCAAGGAGUCUUAAUUUCCCCAAGGGGCAAUUCGUUGUGCAGUAAUAGAAUGCAACAUAAACAACACAUAAGCCAUACAAACAAGAGACACUAUCAAUAGAGGACACAAAUAAAUACAUACUACACAGAAGUCCACAUCUCACAUUGAAUUAUUAACAAAGCCUUUAGCAGCAGGAACAAUAGAGUGUUUGUGUCUGUUUGUCCUGCAUUUAGGCAGACAGAAUCUGCGGCCAGACAGCAACAACAUAAAGUAGCUGUUCAGGGGGUUGCUUAUAUCAGCCAGGACUGACUGGGCCUUCUUCAGGGUCUUUGUCUCAUAUAGCGAUUUUAAGUCAGUCAGAGAGUUGUGGGAAAUUUUGCCACACACUUUAGUUAUAUAUUGCAGCCUGUUUUUGUUUUUAAGAGUGAGGGACCCAAACCAGCUCACAAAGGCAAAAGAAAGAAUAGUUUCAAUAAAACAACAAUAAAACAUCCUCAUAAAGGUCUUAUCGACAUUAAAAUUGCGAAGUUUACAAUAAAAAAACAUACGCUGGUGUGAUUUUUUUUUCUUUUUUUUUUAUACAGACAGCAUCAACUUGAGGCUCGAAAGUGAGUUUGUCAACUAUUAUAAUACCGAGGUAUUUGUAUUGCUUUUCUACUUCGAUAGCUUGAUCGUUAAUAAGGGUGGGAGAGAGGGUGGGGGGAUUCUUCCUAAAGUCGAUCAGCAUUUCUUUAGUUUUUGCCGCGUUAAUGUUUAUAAAAGACGACUUGCACCACUCUGUAAAAUCAUUUAAGGUAGCGCCAUACUCAGGGUCGUUGUGCGUCAGCAGCGACACUGUUACCGAGUUGUCAGCGAACUUAAUGAUGUGACGCCUGGCGUGCUGGCUUUGGCAUGCAUUUGUAUAUAAAAUAAAUAAGAUCGUGGAGAGGACGCAGCCCUGGGGGGAACCGGUGGAGGAAAAGAGAACAUCGGAUAAGAUGCUAUUCACUCUCACGCGUUGAGACCUGUCAGUUAAAAAGUUCAUCAGCCAACAGAUAAGACUAGGAUCAAUAUUAAAAGUAUUCUUUAAGAUCCCUGCCAAAAUAUGUGGUUGAAUGCAAUUAAAGGCUGAAGAAAAAUCAAUAAAAAGCAGCCGCACAAAGCUCUUUGCACCCUCAAAAUGGGUAUAGAUCAAAAGUUCAAAAAGAGUACAUGCUGCAUCUUCCAGUCCCCGUUUUGGUCUGUAGGCGAAUUGAAGCGGGUCUAGUAGAUCCUGUACAGAGUUCAAAAGUUUGUCCUUCACGAUCUUCUCUAACGUCUUCAUAAUAAGGGACGUGAGUGCCACAGGCCUAAAGUCAUUAAAAGACUCUGGAGCCUUAUUUUUAGGCACCGGAACAAUAAUUGAGUCUUUCCAAAGGUUAGGUUUCAGGUUGAUAUACCACGUUAUGAGGAAUCCUUUUCUUUAAACAACUAUAUCUCACACCUCAAAGCACAAAGGUAAUGCUACAUUUAGGACUUAAUUGUCCAUGUGCUUGUAAGUCACCUUAAAUUCCUCGCUGAGCUUUAGCGUUGGUCUCAAGGCUCUUUCCUACAGAAAUGUUGCAUUUUUGGAUUCAAAGACUUAGCUCUCUAUUUGGCCAACUCUGUCAGACAUGGUUUGUUGAAACCCAAACAAGCUUUUUGAUCUUUCUGCAAAAAGGGCUGUUUUAAACCUCUUUCAUACUUGGGCUAACACCAAAUCACCAGAAUGUGCUCUUACUGUACGUUUUAUUCAGUCAGCUAAACCACUAAACCAAAAAUGAAAUCCCAAGCUAUCCUAUGUCCUCACUUUAUGUCAUGCUCAUAAAUCACUUUAAACUCACUUACUUUCUCAGCAACAUCUGUAGUUUCCCUAUGCUGUAUUCAAGAAAACAUACUGCAGGACAAUGCCCCCCCCACCCUUAAACCAGAUACAAUAGAUGUUAGAGUGUUUUAAUGUUCGUAAAAAAGUAGUAAUUAGUAGAAGUUACUAGUAUUCUCUAAAGAUCGGACUACAAAAGGAGACUGCCAUGUGUCUUUAUCUGCUCUUUCAGUUUAGUCGAGAAACUAGGUCAAUAUCGCCAAUUGAGCGACUUCCACUUCUCAUGAAUUUGUUUAUGCCAUCGCGGUAUUGUGUGGAAAAAUCUUGUCUUGUCCCUAAGGAACAUAUUAUCAUAAGCUAGUAGACUCAAGCUGAAGUAAAAUGGUGCUUUAAUUUAAUUUGUUUUACGGUAAGACUGUAGGGCUAAAUGGUACCGUGCCUUGGGUGUUAAAAUGUGCCUCAACUGUGGAUCAGUUUAAGCAAAAGAAGCCAUGUUUGCCUUAAUGUUGUUGCCAACUUGUAUUUCAAGUGUUGAUCCUAACAAGUAAACCAAAAAAAGGUGGUGAGGUGGGAUACUUAAACUGGACUAAUUCAGUUUGAAGAGGAAAAAGCUUUUUACUAAAGUUACUGGUGAAUAGCUAUUUUGAAAGUAGCAUUCAAAACAAGAGCUAUGAACAAUGCAUGAUAUGUAUGUGUGUAUGUAUAUUAACAUGCCAUUGGUAUGUUUUGGGCUGAAGAAUAUUUCACAUUUACAGCUAAUUUGAAAAAUAGUCUUUUUUUUUAUCAAGGUACAACACAUUUCUUUGGUUAUUCUUUCAACAUUUUUUACUUGUAUACAUAGUGUACUUUUUAUUAUCUUUGUAAGCUGUGCUUAUAUGACCUUUUAAGUUCUUUUCUUUUCCUUGGUGUCAAUGAACUGGCUUUCAUGUUGUAUUUGCUUUUUUUUGGUAUGUUGCUUAUUUUGAGCUCUGAAGCAAACCUACGGUAUGAGUACUUUCCAUCUUGUAAAGUUUACAUUGGCUUUGUAAUUGUCCUCUGUUGAUGUUAUUGUUUGUGUAACACUUAACUGCAUGACGCAGAGUGUAAUUAUAUGGCAUUAAUAACUGCACCGGAUAUCUGUAACCUUCUUGUUCCCUCCAGUUGUUAUUAUUGCCUCCCAUAAAAAAAGAUUAACUCAUACAGAAAGGAUUGUACACUACUACUCUGAUACCACUGUUGAAACAAUUGCAUAUACUUAAAACCAUAACAUUGUGUAAUUAUGAAGUGGCAAUGUUUAUCUGACUGGUCCGUGCCUGUUUUUAUAGGUGUACAGUGCAUUUUUGUAAAGAAGGGCCUGAAAAAGCUGCAAAAACAUUACCAACUGUAAGGUAUAUUUUGUCUUUUGUGGUUUUGUUUUUAGCAACAUUUCCAUUUGUGUAUGGUCAUUGAAUUGUUAUUUCCUCAUUUACUUCUUUGGAAUAAAAAAGCAAUACAUGUAGCUCUAGUCAAACAAGAACUUAAAAAUCCAUCCUUAUUUAAUCGCUUUACAUGACAGUCAUCAUAUACUAAUUCACUAACACCCCAUUUGUUCUCAUGGGGGCAUGGCCUCUUCUUGGCAUCUUCUCCAAAUGUCUUAUUCCAGUGUACAAUCAAGUACAACAAUAAUAUGGUGGAAAAGGAUGUAUUGGGUAAUAAACCACAUAAAUCUCUUA